GAGCGGGAGGGGGCCGGGCGGCGCGUGCGCAGUGGGCGCGGAGAUGGCGGAGGCCCGGUACCGGCCGGCCCCGUUGGCCUCCCUGCCCGCCACCCUCGACCCGGCCGAGUACAACGUCAGCCCCGAGGAUCGCCGCCUGCAGGCCCGCCGCCUGGCCAUCCGGGCCCGCCUCAAGCGACAGUACCUGCUGCAGUACGACAACCCCCAUCGCCGCGCCCUCAUCGAUGACCCCGCGCUCUACCGCUGGACCUACGCCCGCUCCACCAAUGUCUAUCCCAAUUUCAAGCCCACCCCCAAGACCUCCCUGCUGGGGGCCAUAGCGGGCAUCGGCCCCCUCUUCUUCUGGUAUUACAUCUUUAAAACCGACAGGGAUAAAAAGGAGAAGCUGAUCCAGGAAGGCAAGUUGAAGCGCCCGCUGAGCCUCCUUUCCUGAAACGGCGCACGGACGGACGGCGGGGCUUCUGGAGAAAUAAAUGUGAUUUUCCUCUUUA